AUGAAUCCUUUGAUUGUGAAGUUCAACAGGAUCAAUCUUGAGAACUCUUGCUUGAGUGAUGUCAAGGACAUCAUCUUUGAUAGGUACAUGGAGUUAUGCAAGUCAGAGAUCGAGGAAUUCAACAAUGCCAACUUUAUGUGCGAGAUGUGCUGCUCUUGGACACCUUCUGAAGAGUGCAAUAGAUUGUCUGCCUGCAAGACCUGCACAGAUAAUUAUUUUGUAUGGAGAUGCUCUACAUGUGAUGAUGUGUUUGAGCACCUCGACGCGAUGGAAACCGCAGUAUGUCGCGAUGGACGCUUGAUAAAGGAGCGACACUGCAAGAGAUGUGAAGCGGAGCUCGAGUUGUCAUGCUGGGAUUGUGGAAUGGUAUACAAACUGUGCAAUGGAUAUGAUGAGGAAUAUUGCUCAUAUGGCUGCAAGUCUAGAAACGCAUGGUUGUAG